AGCCCGCAAUUGUAAGACGACCAGUAUGGCCCAAGAUUAUGUGGGAACGAAGAAUAUAACUUCGAAAGGGAAUACAUGUAAGCGCUGGGAUAACCAAACGUCCAUUUUACCUCAUCAUUACUCUCGUGAAUUCUCCGAUGAGACAGUGGAAGAUGCAGCUAAUUAUUGCAGAAAUCCCAAUAGCGCUUCUGGAGGCCCAUGGUGCUACACAACUAAGGAAUAUGAUUGGGAAUAUUGCGAAAUACCAUAUUGUAGUGAAGACAUGCCUCUCAUUGUCAACAUGACUUUGGCAGACGUAAAUUGUAGGACAACCAGUUUGGGCCAGGAAUAUGUUGGAACGAAGAGUACAACUUUGUACGGGAAUGCAUGUCAGCGCUGGGACAGUCGAAUCGUAAAGCUCCCUUCUUUAAACCCUGCAUCCUUCCCCGAUGAGACAUUGGCAGAUGCAGCUAACUAUUGCAGGAAUAUCGAUAGCAGUCCUAGAGGUCCAUGGUGUUACACAAAUAACAACUAUGGUGGAGUGGAAUACUGCGAUAUACCAUAUUGCAAUGAAGACAUGACCAACAGCACGUUGACAGCCGCCCUAUGUAAGAUAACCAGUAUGGGUCGAGAAUAUAUUGGAACGAAAAGUACAACGUCUAAAGGGAAUACAUGUCAACGCUGGGACAGCCUCAAGUUUCCCUAUCAAAACCCUGAUAACUUCC